AUGUCGCCCGUUUCGCCCAUGCAAAUCCCGCUCGCGUCGUUCGGCACGUUCGACCAGUUCCGCGACGCCGCCUCGACCGGCGCCGCGGCGAUCGACACGCUGUACUUCUGGAUCCUCGGGAUCUGCGCGUUCUUCUUCUUCCUGAUCGUGGCGGUCCUGGUGGCGUUCAUCGCGCGCUACUACGCCCGGCCCGGUCACGUCGAGCAGCACACGCCCCAUCACGACAACCGCCUCGAAGCGUUGUGGUCGAUCAUCCCCAGCUUCAUCGUUGUGGCGCUGUUCUGGUACGGCGUGCUCUUCUACCUCGACCUGCGGACGCCCCCCGAGAACGCGUACGAGAUCCAGGUCGUUGCGAAGAAGUGGAACUGGUCGUUCAUGUACCCCAACGGGGUCGUCGACCCGAACCUUCACGUCCCCGCCGACCGUGACGUGCGGCUGGUGAUGGCGAGCGACGACGUGCUGCACAGCCUCUACGUCCCGGCCUUCCGGGUGAAGAUGGACGUGGUGCCCGGUCGGUAUAGCGAGUUGUGGUUCAACGCCACGACGCCGACCGAAUCGUUCGACCCGGCAAUCGACCCGAGCACCACCGGCGCCGACGAGAACGGCUACGACCUGUUCUGCACCGAGUACUGCGGCCAGGGCCACUCGGCCAUGAUCGCGAAGGUGGUCGUCCACAAGUCGGGCACCUUCGAGACAUGGCUCGCCGAAGCGGCGCGGAUCGACCCGACGAGCUCGCCGGCGGAGUUGGGCGAAAAGAUCUGGAAGCAGCGCGGCUGCUCACAGUGCCACUCGGUCGAUGGCAAGGCGUCGACCGGCCCGACGUGGCAGGGCACCUACGGCACCGAGCAGAAGACCGACAAGGGGACCGUCAAGGUCGACGAGAACUACAUCCGCGAGUCGAUCCUCAACCCAAUGGCUCAGAUCCGCGACGGUUUUAAGGGCGUCAUGCCGAGCUAUCAGGGUCAGCUCAAGGACGCCGAGAUCGCGGCCGUCAUCUACUACAUGAAGAAGCUCAGCGCCGAAGCCGACAGCGUCCCGGCGACGUGGGAAGACGCCGGCGGUGUGCCGGGCCAAGAGGAAGGCGAGGGGUCGGCCGAGGGCGUCGAUACAUCGCCCGGCGACGGGCUCGACGCCGACGAGCCGAUUCCCGCCGAAGAGCAAACUCCCGCGGACAAGCCGGACUCGGAAGAAGCCGCCGCCGAGAAGAUGGAUGUCGAGGAGCCAAAGACCGGCGAGCAACCCGAGACGGACGACGCCGAGACCGCGAUCGCCGAGGACCCCAGCCGCAAGGUGUUCAUCCCGCAAGGGCGGAGCUACCUCGCCAAUCCCCCCGGGAUGACCUUCUGGCAGGCCGUCUCGUCGUGGGCGUUCACGCUCGACCACAAGCGCAUCGGCGUGAUGUACUUGUGCGGCGUGAUGUCGGCGUUCCUGCUGGGCGGCAUCUUCGCCGGCGCGGUGCGGUUGGAACUGUGGAACGGCACGCCCGGUCUGUUCCACGACAACGUCCAACAAGCGCAGGACUUCUACAACCAGAUGUUCACGCUCCACGGGGCGGUGAUGACGUUCCUGUUCAUCAUCCCGAGCAUCCCCGCGGCGCUGGGCAAUAUCUUCUUGCCGAUGAUGCUGGGGGCGAAGGACGUGGCGUUCCCACGGAUGAACCUCGCCAGCUUCCACCUGUGGUGCAUCGGCGCGGUCUUCUUCUUGAUCACGCUGCUCACGUCCGGCCUCGAUACGGGCUGGACCUUCUACACGCCCUACAGCACCUCGACGCAGACAAGCGUCAUCUUCGCGACGAUGGGCGUCUUUAUCCUCGG